AUUGUGAUUUUGAUACUUGGGAUUAUAAAUUAUUCAGUAGGUUUAUGUUAUUCUUUUUACCGAGAAUGAUAUAUCUAGGAAUAAAUGGCUUCGGGCGUAUUGGUCGUGUGAUAUUAAGAGCCUGUUUACAAAAGCCCGACUUUGAGAUAACCGCGAUCAACGACCCGGCUAUAGAUGUCCAGUAUAUAUGCUAUUUGAUAAAAUAUGAUUCGACACACGGAAAAUUUAACGGCAGUGUUUCACACAAUAAAGACGAAAUUAUUGUGAAUGACAAACGGAUUAAAAUCUUUCACGAAAAGCUUCCUGCGAAUAUACCAUGGCAUGCUGCAGGGGUGCAUUACGUAGUAGAAUCCUCUGGAAUGUUUACAACCAUGGAGAAAGCAUCGGGUCAUCUGGCUAAUGAGAGCGUGAGAAGAGUCAUAGUGACCGCACCCAGUGUUGACGUGUUCAUGCUAAUACUCGGAGUUAAUGAUGAUAAACUACAUACUGGUCAAAAAGUGAUAUCUUGUGCAUCGAGUACUAUGUAUUGCCUGGCGCCAAUAGUGAAGGUACUCGAAGAUUCCUUCGGUGUAGCAGACGGUUUCGUUACUAGCAUCCACGCGAUGACGCCAUCACUGAAACCGCUCGACGGACUCUGCUUAAGAGGAAAGGUAAAGCAUUGGCGAGAUCAUAGGAGCAUUCAUCAGAAUAUAAUACCGGCUAUGACGGGAGCAUGCAAGGCUCUUGGUAAGAUCAUACCGAAGGCAAAAGACAAACUGUGCGGGCUAGCAUUUAGAGUGCCCAUAGUAAACGUCUCUGUGUUGGACAUUACUAUACGAUUAAACUCAAACACAACAUUACAACAAAUAAUUCAGAAAGUGGAUAAGGCGAGUAACACAGAAUUGAAAGGCAUAAUCCGAAUAUCCGCAGAUAACGCUGUAUCAUCAGACUUUAUUGGAGAAACACAUUCCUGUAUAUUAGACGCGAAUUCUAGCUUACAGUUGAAGGCAAAUUUUUUUAAGCUUGUGUGUUGGUACGAGAAUGAAUAUUCCUAUGCAUGUCGAGUUAUUGAUACGAUUAUUUUUGCUGAUAAUAAAUUUAGUUAUGCAAAUACUAUAUCAAACAUAUCGAAUACAGAAGACAAUGCACAACAAACUGUAUUUUGUCAUGAUGAAAGCUGUUUGAAACGUAAAGAUCGACAAUUCGUUUUAAAGAAGCCAAUAUCAUCACAACUCUGUAGUAACACGCAACCUUUAGUUAACAAGGAUGCUAAGAAUGAAAAUGAAUUGUAUAAAAUAUGGAAAGACGAAAAAUCGACGUCAAAACCAGGCUUACGACAAAAUGAAAACUGCUUUUUUCACAGUUGUAUUGCAAUAACACCACGCAAUAUAGAACAAAUGGAUUCAAUGAAAGCUCAGGAUAGAUUAGAAUUGCUUAAAAAAGAAUUCUCGAAAAUGGUUAAUGUUACAGAAAGUCUUCUCAAAAAGUCCUAUGUAGGUAGUGUCCAUUCAAAAUCAGAUGAUAAAGCAAUAAAACAUGACUAUGAAAAUAACAUUGAAUUAGGAAAAAGUUGCGACGUAUUAUCAGAUAAAAAUAAAAUAAUUGAAAAAAAUAAAAUGUAUGGGGAUUAUAAAUUUUGCAUCAGUGCCUUGAAAGAGAGAAUUUCAAGCAAGGAGGAGGAUUGUAUAAAAUGUCAUGAAGUUAGCAAUACAAAUGUUCAGAGUGACCCAAAUACUGUAGAAGAUCUGAAUCCUAAAAAUGUUCUACUUGAGAAUUAUUUAAGGAGUAAUGAGAAAAAGGAUACAACAAAAGCUCAAACGAUCGAUCCAAUCGAUUCGGCGAAAGGAAGUAAUUUGGAAACAACUGAAGUGCAUACAGUUCAAGUUCAAACAUCGACAGUAAAUAAAAUUGAAGGAGAAUUAAGUAAGGCUAAAUGUGAUAAUAAAAACACAAAAUCAAAAAUUACAGAUAAAGAAGUUAGAUCAUUUGUUAAAACUAAUAGUUCUGUUCAAAUUUCAAAGAAACUAAUAAGUGAAAUGAAUAACACUUGUAAACUUUAUAAAAAUGUAAAAAAUUCUGAAAGUAAAUUACGUUUGACUAUCAAGAGAGAUAUUAAUGAACUGAAAUACACUGAUAAAAGAGUAGCAGACAGAAGUUUUAAUACCACUGUUAAUAUUAAUAUGCAUGAUUCACAGUCGCUAGCUCAUAACGAAGAAUAUUUGAAUAAACCAUUGCCAAAAACUAACGGGAUUUCUCCUGAGCGUUAUUCCAUAAUAUCUGAUCGGACAUCAAAAUGUGGCAGCCCCGAUUCACGAAAGAAGAUCACAAGUAAUCAAUCUCAGUGAUUUAACUAAUUCUUUGGAAAAUAUCGGACGGUUAGAUAAAAUAUGCAAAAUAAUUGAAAUAUCUGAUGAGUUAUCCGAUAAAUUGUUUUCCGCAUUGGACAACGACGGUAUUGAGAUAAGAAGGAAAAAGUGGUCAUUUAAGGAUUUAUGUGAAAAGAUUAAAUUAGACGAUUUUUGUGAUAACGUAUUCGGUAAAUCUUCUGUAUGAAUGAUAAACUUAUGUGGGUGGUAUAUUGUUUUGUAAGUAUUGAAAUCCAAAUUACCAUAACUUAACUUUUAUUAAAGUGUCCCAAUUUUGAUUUGCAUCUUUUUCUCUUUUUUAUAAAACAAAAUGUAGCAAAAUAUUUAAAUAAUCUCAUACUAAGGCACUUUUAAGUAGGUAACUAUUGCACUUAAAGUAAAAAUUAAAUUGUAUCACAGAUGAAACGGAAACAUAAAAUCUGUUAAAAAAUAAAGAGUCCAGGUACAUGCACGUCGAUUCUUAUAAUUAUGUCAUAUCAUUAUUUUAAAACUUUGUACUACGUAUAAUGUGGCCGGUUAACAUUAUUCAAAACUUUCAGAAAGGGGUUUAGUGUUUAUUUUAUACAAAAACUGACUAGGCAUUACGGCAACACCCUUGUUAAAGAAAGGAAAUGGACAGGUACGCCGAAUUUUGGUUAUUUUAAAUUUGUCUUGUCAAUUUUG